UAUUGUGGCAACAUUCAAUAAACGAUGUUUCGUGCCGCUCGCAUUGUCUUGUGAUUUUUCUCCUUGUUUAUAAUUUUCACGAAAAUAACGGAAAAUGAAACAUAACUGUAAAGUUUUAUAUUAGACAAUAAGUAAAUAUUAGUACGUAAUUUAUUUUGCCGUGACCUCUUAAGCUGUAAUUUUUCCUAAGCUGUUUAUCAUGUGUGGCGAAUGUGUCAAGAUUAGAAAGAAACAUACUUUUGCAUCGUAAUACGGAUAAAUAGCGGAGCCACUACACAAUGGAGCACUCGGACCUGGUGUCUGAGAUGGCUCAGGUGGAGCACCUCACCACGCAGGAGAGGCUCCAUUUAGCAAGGAGGCGUCGCAUGCAGCAGCUAAAACUAUGGCAGCAGCGAGAGAAGGAAUGGGCGCGGUCGCGGGCCAAGCGAGAGAAGAGCACCAAACGGAACAUCUUCUUCAGCGACAGCGUCAUGCUUCUAGAGGCCGCUGCUAGAAAUGACAUCGACGAAGUUCGCCGCCUGCUCUCCCGCGGGGUGACCCCAGACGCGACCAACGAGGACGGCCUCACCGCCCUCCACCAAUGCUGCAUCGACAACAACGAGGCCAUGAUGCGCCUCCUCCUCGACAACGGCGCCAACGUCAACGCCGAAGACAGCGAGAAGUGGACACCGUUACACGCGGCAGCCACCUGCGGGAACCUCAAUUUAGUCAGAAUCCUAAUUCAAAGAGGAGCUAAUUUAUUAGCGGUUAACGGGGACGGGAACAUGCCUUAUGAUAUAUGCGAGGAGGAGAGAACGCUGGAUGCGAUAGAGAGCGCGAUGGCGGAGAGAGGAGUAACGCAGAGGUUGAUAGAUGAAACUAGAGCGGCAACAGAGAUGAAGAUGUUGAUGGAUGUUGCUGAGCUCGCUAAGGAGGGAGUGGACUUGGACGAGCCCAGGGACAAUCAGGGGGCUACGCUGCUCCAUAUAGCAUCAGCAAACGGGUACCUGAAAGUGGUGGAGUUUCUAUUGGAGCACCGCGCGGCCACGGACGUGGUGGACCACGACACGUGGCGGCCUGUGCAUGCAGCCGCUUGCUGGGGACAUUUGGAGGUGCUGGAAAUGUUAGUGCAAUAUGGAGCUGAUCUCAAUGUCAGAAAUAAGCACGACGAGACGCCUGCAGACAUCUGCGAGGAGGGCGAGAUGCGGCUGCGCAUCGUGCGGCUGGCCGCCGAGCAGGAGGAGCACCGGCGCCGCGCCCUCCCCUCCGAGCGCCGCGCCGGCGCGCGCCGCUCCUCCUCCACCGCCAGCAGCAGCCGUGUCCGGUCCGUCCGACGCACGUCUCUACGCGAAAAGCAAAUGGCGGCCAAGGCGGACGCGCGAGGUGAAGCGCGCCUGAGGGAGACCUUCGAUUCAGUCGUCGACGACGAUAUGCAGGGCUUAUCGAACGGCGUGGAAAAUGAUCAGAACACUGCUAACAUACCUCCCGGCGACCUCACACACAAGCGCCUCUCCACCGGCUCCACCAUGUCCAACCAAAGCGGCGACUCCGGCAACGUGGACUACGCCCCCAAACACCAGUACCUGCCCCACAGAGAGGAGGACAAAACCUUCACGCAACCCAAAAUAACCAACCCCCUGUUCGGCGUCAACGCCGCCUCACACUACGCCCCCCAACCGGUCCUAGAAGAGGAGCCCAAGCACUACGAAAGACCAGUACCCAACGGCAUCAGAAAAGCCCCCGAAGGCCAAGACAACGAUACCCUCAAAAACGAGGACGCGAUUGACGGUAGGAAAGACCUAGUAGUGAGCCCGAACCAAAUCGCCCUCACAGAGGGCGCUGCCACCUACACUACAGACAAUAAUGGUAAAAUCAAUGUUCAUGUCACCGUCAUGAUUAACGCAGGCACCCUCGCCGACUUGAAGAAGCAGCGAUCACAGAUAAGAACAAACGGUAGCCCGGUGGAGAACAGCCUAACAUCAACGAACAACCAUAGUAUAACUUCAUUACCGGAGGGCGUAGGCCAGGAGGCCAUGCCCGUCCAGCUAAACCCACUCACGCUGUCCCCAAGUGCUGGCACCGUACCGCGCUUCUCGGGACACACGAGCGACGUAGUCGGGGACACUCGGUCACGCAGGUGCUGUAUCAUUAUGUAGACUUUAUGUGAAAGUGCGGUGUAAAAGUCUGAUUGAUCAUUCCAGUAAUUUGGGAAUUUAUUUUAAUCGUCGAUCAAAUUGGGGUGAUUCGAGUACUCUUACUGAGGUGUUGAUAGGGUAUUUUUUUGCAAAAUGUCACUUUUAAGUUACAAAGUGGAACCAUGAUGGUUUUUCCAACUAAUAAAUGGGUUGAUCGACUGUAGCUAUGCACUCCCGUAAGCCAGGAGACAAAUGAGACAUACUCCUAAGUCGAAGUGGGUUUUUGUCUAUGCUUAAUAAAUUUAGUAACCUAGUAAAAUUGAUUAACCUAAGUAAAAAGUGACUUUUUGUAUAAAUGGCCAAUAACAUUUGGGUUGUGUAUAUUCUGAAUUAAUUACGUAAGAGAUAGUACUUCGAAGAGUCCGAGGCCGCCUAUCGAUCCCAUUUGAGAUCUGGGCUCGAUUUUAUAAAGCUACAAAUUACAAUUUUUAAUUGGCAACACCGUUCAAAAGACCGCUCAUUGGUCGAGUCGAGCAAGUGUCAAUCGCGUCAAUAUUGCCAGACUUAUAAGAAUGUGAUUUGUACUUGUGUAAAAUGGGGCCCAUAUGUAUGCCGGUGGAAUUGCCAUUGCAGCUCACAGCUACGGCUUGCCAAUGUGCUAAGAUCAUUGUGAUAGUUGCACGAGCUCAACAGUUAUUGUACCUAGAGGUAAGAUGGUUGCUAAUAUUUUAGUUAACUCUUUCUAUAUCCCAGAUACUUUAAUGAUUUUUCGUGCGUUUUUUUAAUAGUGAUGUGCUAAAAUUGAUCACCGCAAAACGUGUGUUGGAAUAGGAACCCUUGGGUAAAGUAUUUACAAUAUGGUUACUACUACUGAUAAUUACACUUUAAAAUAUCAGUCACUUAAUGUUACUUUCUGAAACCGGUAAAAUAUGAAGACACUAUUUUGCUUAAGUUUGCUAAAUUGUCUGUGAGUUUGACAUAUCAAACUGUCAUUGUAAUAUCUGGGUUAUAGAAAUAGAGAUAAGUUGUAACAGAUUCCUAUACGUAAGAGUUAUCUUUUAAAUCCGAUGAACGUAUUUUAAAGCGUCAUCUUCGCCUUACCAUUUUCCUAGUUAACAUUCCUUUAUUUAAUUAACUUAUUCGUAUUUGAAAUCAUUAUAUGUGUAGACAAAGUAUUGUGAUUGGAAAUUGAGUACUUAAAAUAUAUUAAACGAAUAUUGUAUUAUAUUAUUAAGAAUAUUUUGUACAACGUUGCAUUAUUAACAAAAGUAUCAAUCAGUAUUUUAUUCUACACUACGUAUUCCAUUAUAGAACCUAAUUGCAAUAUAUAAAGUGCCUCCCGGUUCAGUUGUAAAGCAAAUUAUAUAAAAUUGACAUACCUAAAUUAAAAAUAAAUUAUUUUUUAAUAUGUAAGAAAUCAAUAUUUAUGUAGCUUGGUAUAUAUAAGUAAUUUAUUAAUAAUUAAAAUGUUUCAGAAGCCCUAUUGGAACAUAAUACUGUGAAUAUGCAUUUAAAACAAGAUAUAAUACUAUGACAUUUUGUUCCUGAGAUUCAAUCGCUUCUUGUACAAAAAAGUAUUUGUUACGUGGACCAGUGCUGGCAAUAAACCCAUUGAUGUAUUGAUACUUAAUCUACAUGUACAACAUAAAUAACAUAAGCUAUAUAUUGAUUUAGAUCAAACUUGAGUAAGGUAUACAUUGAGAGGCAAAAUACAUAAUAAAUUACAAGCUUAAUACUAUACUAGUAAUGUUAGCUAAAUUAUAUAAACUUUAUUUAUUAUGUAAUUAGCCUUAUUUUACUAUUUAGAUAUUUAUUCCUAUUAACUUUAUUCUGGCAGCCCAUCCAAAUUCACCAAGCAUUAGGUACAAAAUGAUGACUGUCUGAAUUCAGUUUUGGUUUUGCAAGAAAUGUGUAGUAAGCUUAAAAAUAAGCUAAUCAUUGUUAUAAAUUUCUUAUACAAACAUGUGACAAAUAUAACAGGUACCAUCAUGCUCCGCGAUUGUUGCGCCAUUUAGGGUCCUAGCUAAAUUGGUUGUUCAGUACCUACGCUAUCGAAUUUCCAAUUUAGCAAGAACCCUAAAUGGCAUAUAAAUCCCGUGUGGUGACUGUACACAUACACACCAUCGCUUUACGAUAAAACAAUUGCUUAAAUACAAGAUGAUAAAAAUAUCUCACAUAACUGGUAAAACUGAACUUAUUGCUAAUAAAUCGUAAUUUAUCGUAAUUUAAAAACAUUCCAAAUUACUUUUCGCAUUGAGUUUCGAAUUUAUGUCAGUUGUUAUGUAGCUAUUGUGGUUACUUAAUGGUUGGGCGUAUGAGCAAACUAUGUUAACAAUUUACAUUUAUUAAAUUUGACCAGAAUGUGUUUAUUAAGGGUUGAUUGUUACCUUUUGAUAAAUUAUUUGUUAGUAGUUUUUAAUAUGAUCAAAGUAGUAUACCAAAACUCAUAUAGGUAGAGAUAUACUCGACGGAUGUCUAAAGGUAAUAAACAUGCUUCAAAACACAAAAUAGACAAGUGUUUCGUACAUCUCCACUGUAGCACAAAACCAAUGUUUUGCCGGCUGAGGGUCACAAGUGCCACUCCUCCCUAACGUAUGACGCGUUCUCUUUUGGCUUUCUAGGGUUGUUACGCGUGUCCUAUGAUUAAUAUGAGUGAUAAACGCGUUCAAAAACCUAACUGAAAUUUAACAAAACUGAAGCUAUUACUACUAGGAGUUUUAGUUUAGUUUUUUCCGUUAGUAUACUCCGAGCAGAGCGAUAGCUGAUUAUACCGCCAAAACGUCGAGCAUAUCUCUACUUGGAGACUUAGUACAGUAGUUUAAAUUGCCCAUCCACUAAUGAGAUUAAACAGCUGACUGUUGACAGAGUGAGGGGGCCACAGCGCAAUUAGUUUGCCAUCCACACGUUACGACAACGUUUGAGCACGACUCCAGUAGAACUUGUAGAACAAAACCCCAGGUUCUAAGACUUUGGUCUCCCGUUGACGUAGGUACACUGUGUAAAAGGUCUCGUUAUAUAUGUCGAACCUUGUAUAAUUUACGCUAUACGCAGAGCAUGGUCAAAGGAAGACCGAGGCCUAAAACCUUUAGCGGCACUAAAUAUAUAUUAAAGUUCUUCACAUCAUGAAUAUGACAACGUUGUACGUAACGUUUGGAUUGUAUGUGAGUGCCUUUUUCUUGUUCAUUAAUUGCUAAAUACUCUAUGUGUGCCAAUAUUUUCCUAUUCGUCUUAGUCGCGAUCAAAACUUAAACAGUUUGCAUUUUAACUUUAAAGGACAACUCUUAUUACCUUUUUAGAUUAUUGUAGUUUAUGUAUUAUACAUUUUUUUCGCCCCAUAUUAUCCAGUGUUCAAGGUCUGUGGUAUUCUUGUUAGAUUCUAAUGGCAGCUUGAUCCAUAAAGUAGAAACGUUUUAGAUUAAUGAACCUUGUAUUUUAAAUAUAAACGCGACUUAAAGCACGAAAUACUCACAGUAAGUGCGCAUGAAAAGAAUUAUCCCGCCGAAGGACUCCCGAAAUGUACGGAUUAUAUCGCAACUACAGUGAGUAUUAAGUGAGUUUGAUCGGUUUAUAUGAUAAUGUUCUUAUUAUAAUAUUAAUGUCACGUGGGUUUCAUUAGGUCCCAUCCAGUAGUAAUUCAUUCGUCCAUAUCUUAGUCACUAGUGUAAACAAGUAAUGUAGAUGUUUUUUUUAUCAUUAGUACUUAAAAAGUACUUAGAAACCUAUUGUUAUUAACACUCUUUCGGAACGUGUUAACUUAGAAUAAUAUUACGCAUAAACAUUUUGAAGAUAAAAAAAUGUUGGGCUCAUUAUAUAAAUGUAUGAAAGCCCCAAAUAUAUUUCAUAGUAAUGGUCCCAAGAAUAUACUUAAAUAUAAAAAUGAUACACAACUGUCUUAAGCAAUACAAUGGCCUUAUAGAGAGAUAUAUAAGCACAAUUUAUAUUUCGGUUGUUUUUCUUCAUAACAGUAUUAUUUUAUAAAUGCAUUUUACAUAUAUACCUGCACAUACUGCGUUUUUGUGAUAUUGCUAUUGUAUUUUAUAAAAAUAUUAAAACCAGAAAUUGUAUCAAAAUAAGUUGAACAGUAUACAAAUGUUUUAAAUUGUAAUUCAACGUAAUAAUAUUUACAAAAUGAGGUCAUGUGAAAUAAUUGAAAAAGAGUUGGUUGUGAAGAAUGUACGACACUGGUGUAGGUGUUUCUAAAAAUAAACCCUGGAAAAUAAACAUAAAACCUUUAAAUAUUUACCAACAUUCAAAAUAAAGUAAAGUCAUGUUAUGUUGAGAUCAAGGUGAAUUUAUCUGUUAUAUCACUAGUAUAAUUAUAGUCCCACUGAUAAGGUCUAAAUUUGUGUCGUAACUUAUAAAUAUAUUUGUAUAUAAUGAUUAUGAGACCGUUGAUACCAGUGCCUCCAGUCGGUCUUGCCUUAGCCUGACGGUGAUAACAACCUUGUCUGUAAAUCUUUAUAUACUAUUAGAUGCGUACUUAAAUUAUCAAAGUAUAUCGUAGUGAUUUCCGCAAAAUUUCUUAGGGAUAUUUAAAAUAAAUUUCAGAACAUUGUAUUUAUAGACGUAUUUAUUGUAAGUGCUGCUAAAGUGAGGAAUGACGUCACAACUCUUGUGUCAAAAUAAGUGUUCUUUUACAUUGGAUGCCUAUUUUUUGUGAAAAUAGUCUUCACAUUUUCGAAUGGUUUUGUAGUGUUUUUUGAUCUUAAACGAGUCUAAAGAUUUCUAAUGCUCAUUUUUACAAACUUUUUCCUAAAUUCUUACUAUUUAUACCCUUGGUAGUAUUAGUGAUACAUAUCGAUAGACAUGUUUGGUAUCUCAGUGUUGUUCAGUGAUUCCUAUAAGAUCUUGCCCUCUAGCGUCUUGCCCUGUUCGAAUUACAUGCCACAAAUAAACAUGUUAUGUAGAUUACCUGCAACUAUCCAUAUAACUCUUAGUCUCACAUUAGUAGAAAAUAUAUGACUCACCAACACAAUUUGAGCUUUGUAGUCAUAACACUGGUAUGAAAACUUCCAUCAUGUCAAGAGUCUUAAAAUAGUUUUAUAAAAUAUAUUGAUUAUGUAUAAUUAUUAUUAAUAGAUUGGAUGUUGUGAAAAUUAUUAUAUACAAUAUUAAUUACUAAAAAAAUACUUAUUUUAAUUAAUGACAGGUCUGCUCUCGUGUUAGACAUUCUGUCCAUUCUGUGAAAGAACUCAAGUACUUAUCUAUUCAAGUAUUUAUGUUAGGAGUCAAUACUGUCUUAUUAUUCUUAUUAUUUUGGUGCGUACAUCCAUUUUUUGAUUAUGUGUGUUCAAAGUGCAGCUGAUACGAUUUAUUUUAUAAAAUCUUAUGUAACUUAUGUUUAAAUAGAUAAAAGUUAAAUUUGGUACAAAAAGAUAACUUACCUACUAUUAUUGUAUUUAUAACGUAAAAACUGCACGUCACGUCCGAAAAGGCAAAAAUGCAAUAUAGGUGUGUUAUUCUUACUUUAAUGAAAACUGAUAAUAUUUAAACAUAAGUAUGAAGAAUUCUACUUUUUUGUUAUAAUGUAAAAAAUAAACCAAUUGUUUAAACCA